CAUCAUGUCACGAGGAAAGGUCGAAAGUUACUAUGCCACUGCUUACAAGUCUUCCAUCGAGUCAUCAGAUUCUUCUUUCAGCCAAAGCUUUCGGAUAUAAAUCCUUCGGCCAUCAGCCUUCUUCUUUCGCGGCUACCACUUGUGCUUGUGCUCUUACGAUCGAGCUCUAUUAUGGUUCCUUCCAUGGGGAGAAGAGGCGCAGGGCCGGCGAUCGGAAUCGACCUUGGAACGACCUCCUCGUGCGUCGCGGUGUGGCAGCACGGCCGGGUCGAGAUCAUCGCUGACGAUCAGGGCAAUCGCACCACCCCCUCCUCCGUCGCCUUCACCGGCACACAACGCUUCAUCGGCAACGAGGCCCAGAACCAGGUGGUCAUGAACCCCACCAACACUGUCUUCGAUGUAAAGCGCUUAAUUGGGAGGCGUUUCAGUGACCCCUCGGUGCAGAAUGACAUGCGAUCGUGGCCAUUCAAGGUCAUCGAUGGCCAAGGCGACAGGCCCCUGAUCGUCGUCCAGUACAAGGGCGAGGAGCAGCAGUUCACCGCAGAGGAGAUCACCUCGAUGAUCCUCGUAAAGAUGCGUGAGAUUGCUGAAUCCUAUCUUGGAUGCGCCACUGACGACGUGGUGAUCACUGUUCCUGCCUACUUCAGCGAUCACCAGCGCGAGGCCACCAAGAACGCUGGAGCCAUCGCGGGCCUCAACAUCGUAGGACUCAUUAACGAGCCAACCGCUGCUGCUAUUGCUUACGGUCUCCACAAAAGAUCAAACAGCGAGACGAAUGUGCUCAUCUUUGACCUUGGUGGUGGUACGUUCGAUGUCUCCGUGCUCACCAUUUCGCAGGGCGUCUUUGAGGUGAAGGCCACUGCUGGUGAUGCCCAUCUCGGUGGCGAAGACUUCGACAACCGGAUGGUGAGCCACUUCGUCGAUGAGUUCAAGCGGCAGCACCGAAAAGACAUAAGCGGGAACGCAAGGAAACUGCGGAAGCUAAAGAUAGCAUGUGAGAAAGCCAAGAGAACACUCUCUUCCACCAACCGAGCUACCAUCGAGAUCGACAGCCUGUUCGAGGACUCGGAUUUCUCCUCCACCAUCACUCGUAAUUUGUUCGAGGAGCUCAACGACGACUUGUUCACCGAGUGCGCGGACACCGUAAAGAAAUGUCUCCGGGAUGCAAAGAUGGACAAGAGCAGCAUCCACGACGUGGUUCUCAUCGGUGGAUCGACGAGGAUUCCCCGAGUGCAGCAGCUUUUGCAGGAGCUCUUUGACGGAAAGGAGCUAUGCAAGAGCAUCAACCCCGAUGAGGCCGUCGCCUACGGCGCUGCAGCCAAAGCUGCCAUGCUGAGGGGAGACGACCACGAGAAUCUCCACGACAUGCUGUUGUUAGAUGUUGCUCCCCUCUCCCUCGGCCUGGAAGCCGGUGGUGGCAACAUGGUCGUUGUGAUACCGAGGAACACCGUCGUCCCCACCAAGAAGGAGCGGGUUUUGUCCACCCCCGUCCACAAACCUCGAGCAUGUAUCAAGGUCUACGAGGGUGAGAGGUGCACGACGAGGGACAACAACCUCCUCGGCCGAUUUGAACUUUGUGGAAUUCCUUCAGCUCGAGACAGCUCGCUUGAGAUCAACGUCUGCUUCGACAUCGACGCCGACGGCAUUUUGGACCUGUCGAUCUAUGACAAGACCAUGGGGAAGGAGAAAAACAGGAUCACCGUCACCCGUGACAUGACCAGGCUGAGCAAGGAAGAGAUCGAGGAGAUGGUCUGGCGAGCCAAGAAGUACAAGGAGGAAGACGAAGAGCAUAAGAGGAAGAUAGAGGCCAAGAAUGAGCUGGAGAAGUACGCCCUGAAGAUGAAAAGCAGCGUCAAGAAGGUGGAGGGCGUCAUCGAGCAGACCAUAAGUUGGCUGGAGGCUACAAAUCAGGAGGCAGAGGCCAAGGAGUUCGAGGCCAAAAUGAAGGAGUUGAAGGCGAUAUGCUACAGCCUCGUGGUGGAGAUGCAGUAGGGUGAGAUAAAAAAGAAGAGAGCUGCAGUUCAUCAUGGUUUUGUAAAUUCGCAUUCAAAAAUAAUUUGCAGAUAAACAUUUCUUCGAUGCA